GCAGUGAGCCAGAUGACUUGGACGAGGCCUGCAGGGACGCGGCAGGCCUCGAUGUGAUGUGAUGGAUGUGAAUCCAGGACAUGCAGGACACAUGCAAUGCCCUUCGGACUGGCAUGCUAUGGCCGCUGAACAACAACCCGCCUUCAUGGCUUCGUUGGAAAUUCGAAGAGAGGUACACGCGGCAAUACGAGAAAGACGAUUCUCCAAAGAAUCCAGGGAACAUUGCAUCGCAAGACUGGAACGGUGUCUCGAUGAUGCAUCCUCUCAUGAUGAGCAAAUAUGGCCUGACCCUGACGGACCCCACAGACGUUCUGCGAUGUACGAAGCAAUUAGACAGAACGCAUUUGAUGUCUACUGCCUUCUUUUGUCGCGCGGGUGUAAGUUCAAAAACGACGCAGAAAAACAGGAAAGCUUUCUUGACAUCGACAAAAACGAGCACAAGGAAAUACAAAUGUCCGAAGUCCAAUACCAGCUAGCCCGUUUCGUGCUGCACAAUGAGGACGCUCAUGUGGACUACCUCAAAAGUAGGUCCUACAGCAUACCAUAUCACGAUCACUUUUCCGAAGAAGUCGGCGACAUGUACAGGGAACUUGAUCAAGAUGAGCUCACAAGAAUGGUUCUCAAAGUAGCAGCUACGUCAGGAGCCGUACGCAUCUUUUUUGAUCUUGGCAGCUCAGAUGUUGAGUGCAUGACUGCUCGGCAGCUUAACAGUGCUGACGCAAAAAUAACGUUUGGACUGACAGAUACUCUGAGAUAUACAAUCCACAUCGCUGGGAAGAGGAAACGAGAGGACGUUCUUGGAACAUUGGCACAUGAGCUGUGCCACUUGGCAGUUUUAUUGGUUUAUAGAAAUCAAUGCAAGCCUUAUCAGUCUGACGAAAGUGGUAAUCAAGAAAGAUAUCAGAGGGUGUUUGAAGAAAUGCGCGACAAAGUGAACACAACAACAGGGAUGGAACAUCUCCUAACUAGGGUGUUCAGAGUCGUCCCACAGGAGCAAGAACAGGAGCUAAUAGUGCAGGUUCCAGAUAUUCUCGCAAAAUAUCGGCAUCUUGAAUACGACAGCCGCAUGGAAGUCGACGAAGAUCCGCAGCAGGAAAGAAUCGGUUCCUCCGCCACGGAAGCGACCCUGAGCCACGCUGGCAUUGCUGUUCUGGAGGAGCAAGCACCGAGCUUGUUGCAAUAUUUCAAGGAGGUUGUCGUUCCGGACAUGGAGAAUUACCUCAUCAAAUUUCGCAGUGAAAUGGAUGGCAACGAAACAAGAAAUAAAAAUGAAAGCCUAGGCCAAGCUACUCAGACCGAUGACCUUGGGGUCACCUUUACGGAGGUCCCUAGCCCAGAAGAGUUGGUGGACGUCCCAAUCCUCGUAUUUGCCAGACCAAACCUGACCCUUCUGGAAGUAAUGGUUCACAACCUCGUAAAGGCCACGAAACUGCCGUACCUUUUUCUUGAAGCACAAAAGUGGAACCAUGAGGUGGAAAAAGUGUUGACGUAUAACAGGUGCGACGUCGUCCUCCUCAGCAACCCAAGUAAUGCUGUACCAGAAGAUAUCUGCAAUCAAAUUGCGCGCAUUUUAAGCGCUUGUAGUGAAGUGCGAGGAACAAGAGUGAUCCUCCUCACUGCGAACGAGCAGGCUGAUCACGUAGCGGCAGCAUUAAGAAAACAGCGCUUUUUCAGUAUCACUAUGAAGCCUCAUGAACAACUUGCUGCCAACGUCGUACCUAAAGCUUGUUUCGAAAACGUUGCGGAGGACUGUAAAAGGAACGUUUUGAACCGUUCCUCGAUCAACUUCCAGGGGAAACCCGAAAAGCUGUCCGAAUGGGAUGAGCCGGAUCUCAACAUUCUUCUCAGUGCCAUGGAUGAAGACACAUUUAUGGCUUUGUGCCAGUUGAAUGAACCUGAUGUAGGUCCGCAAUUGCGGGAAGACGCCGAGGGAUAUUAUGUGGGAAGAACGUGUCAGAGGGGGAGCUUGUACGAAGAGACACAUUUGAUAGAAACAAAUGAGAAGAUCAUUAUUGUCACCGGUGCCCCAGGAAUGGGUAAGACUAGGCUGGCGUCUAGAAUAUCCAAAAUGAUAAAAGAAAAAGAAAACAGAAAAUGGGUGCUCCACGUGGACCUCCCGAAAGUCAGUAAAAAGCUCAAGGUGCUGAACGCAGGAGAUAUCUGUAGUGACCUAGAGAAUUUCGCAGAAGUAUGCGGAGUGAAAAAAACUGGAUUUGAGUUUGCUCUCUUCACGAAGAGCAUCAGAGAAGGCCAACCUUUCAAGUUUGCGCUUAUCUUGGAUGCUGUGGAUGAAAUGUGCGAAGAUGAUCGUAAAAAGAUCUUACGCGUUGUACACGUUCUGGUUCGCGAAGAUGUCUCCAAGGUGUUCGUCUUCAGCCGGUCGGUGCUCAAGGAUGAACUACGAGAAGCACUGUCAACAGAACAUUACGAACUUCUGCCUUUCACGGUGCAAGAACGAGAGAAAUUCCUUAAGCAGUACAAGGAAAGAACAACAUCCGAUGCUGAUUUACGCGAAAAUCCUGGCAUACGGAGGUUAAAAGAUAUAUGGAUCCUGUUAAAGGAUGAUGAAACGUUUUUAGGUACACCAUUUUAUCUUGACAUGGUGGCAGCACUUGAGAACCAAGAAGUUUUUGAUGACAUUGAUUCUAACACGCUUAGAAAGGUGCGUGAGUCCACUGGGAGCGAAAAGUACCUAGGCAUCUACGAGCUGGCCAUAGAGUGGAGGUACUUGCAGUACAGGAAAGAAAAGAAACGUGAAGACAUUGGUAGAGCUUGCGUAGAGGAUGAUAACGACAUUUUGAAGACAAAUUUCUGCAGAAGUCACCAAGCCCUCGCAAUGAAGGCUGUCUUCGAUGAGAAAUUGUGUGGAGAUCUCUGGAAUGAAGAGGAGAAAGUAAUGUUUCAGAAUGAAAGUAAACCAAUGAAUCCUCUAAAUAGAGUAAGAGAAAAUCGCUUAAAGCACGGUCUUCUAGAUGGAAUACGCGAUGACAGACCUGUGUUCAGUCCCGGAAGCAUAGCAGAGUUUUGGGCAGCAGAACGUCUCUUCAGCAAGAUAUGCUCUAGUGCAAGCGAUGAGGUGCAUCAUUUGGUUUUCCUGAUAUAUGGAGAAGAUAGUUUCAAAACAGUUACAAGGUUUCUGGACAGCUUUGGAAUGAAGUCAAAUGGAUUCCAUUUUGCCGUUAUGACAAGAAACGUUGUAUAUCUAAGAAGCAGUGCCGGGAACCAGGACUGUGACGAGCUUGAGCGAAAUCCAUGGCACAUCGCUGCACUGCAUGCUGACGAAGACACCAUUUCAGUUCUUUCUAGUACUGAAACGAGAUCACUAGAAGAGAAAGACAAGUUAGGUGUUACACCGUUGGGCUAUGCACAUCAACAACACGAGUGGACUAGACUGCAUUCAAUCUGCUCUCAGUGCAGGAAUGGGGAACUGAGCGGAGAUGUCUCCAUUCGACGUGCCACUCCAAGUGCUACACUUGUGACCAACUCUGAGCCGCACUUACACAUAAUCGUCGAGCGUGAGAUCAAGGAUCUGCAGCAUUGGCUCCCGCAUGAAAAGCGUAUUCGUGCCCCUAUCGGUUUUUCCGGCAAAGCAUUGUUUUUCUACAUCAAGUCGGUGGAAGCACUAACGAGGCUUACAUCUUUCGACAUCGUAGAGGUUUUUGACCAUACUGCCGGUAUGGUGUCAGUCCGUCAGUUUCGUAAAGAGCGUAUUUAUAAAUCGCUCGAUGAAGUAAGACGGCGAGCACCACACAACGAUGACAACCACGGAGACUGGGAUGAUGCUCUAACAACGCUCGUUCCCCAUCCCGUGGUAGGUAAUACCGAUGAGGUCAAACGUGCGCACCGUGGAGCUAUAUGUGAGUGCUGGGCUGUCAUGAUGCUCUUGCGACCUGAUUCUGAGUCGAACGGAACUCCAACAUGUGACGAGCAACAAGAUAUGCGAUUUAUUCACAUGUGGUUUUGUCCAAACCCCGGCUGCCAAAAAAGCAAGAAAAGUCCGAACGUUCGGAGGGGUCUAAAGCAUGAGAGGUCCGAAACUAACUCUACGGAUGAUGAAGAGUAUUCGGAUGAAUGGAGAGAAACUCCGAGCCUCCGGAAGGAUCGAAAACGUAAGAGGUCUCAAACGAAAUCUGCAGAUGACGAAGAGUCUUCGGAUAAAUGGAGAUAUCACCGAACCAAUAUCCACAAGGCUACAGAUGAAAGGAACGUUGAUGGUGUCAAAAAGUGUCUCAAUGACGCCCCCCAUCUCAAGCUCUGGCUGCAUCCGUCAAGUGGCGAGACGGUGCUACACCGUGCGGUUAAGACACAGAGAUUGGCCAUCUAUUUCCUUCUACAGGACCAUGGGUGCCGCAUGAAAGAUGAAGAAACUUUAGAUUGCGCCCACGAAAUCGCAAGCGCCGAAGUCUUUAGGCGCCGUUUUUACGACGCCAACACACAUGAUGCACUAAGAAGGCACACGGAAAGCCGUCCAGGGACCGCGGAGAAUGAGAGGAGGACAGAUGACUUCUAUCACGCCUUAAACUCUAAUGAUUUGCUCAAGGCUACGCUAAGCGUAUCAGGGACAUCACAACGUGUGCAAGUAACCCUGGAUUACGAUAAGGAGAGCAUUGACACAGUCGAGGGGGCCCUGGAAAACCCCAAACGUGGUUUCGCUCAUUUGGAAAAAGAAACUAUUUGCGUCGCGGCUAAGAGGGAAAAACCCGAAGUUCUUGGAACUCUCGCCCACGAGAUCUGUCAUUUGGCCCUCCAUUUCGUUUACAGAAACGGUGGAAAGCCAUACUUGCAAACAGACAGGGAAAGGGCACUGCUCUAUGACACAAUACUAUAUAACAUCAGGAAGAACCCAGAUAAAAUGGACUCGCUCCUUAGAGACGUUCCGAGAGAGCACGAAAAGGAAGAACUAAUUGCCUAUGUUCCUGAUCUCCUCGCCCAGUAUGGUAGCCCGGGGGGUGAAAACAUUUUGGAGAAGCAAGCACCAGAACUCUUCGAUUUCUUUAAGAACGUGGUCAUCCCAGAUAUGAUCGCUUACACGAAAAACAGGUUCCCUACUCGGGAUCAAGCGAGAAUCGAGGUCGAGAACCGACGUCUUAAACACGCCGACGAAACGGAAGACCGUCAGGUGAAGUUAAAGAGAGAUCUCGGCUACCGUGACCUACCAGAUGCUCCAGUUCUAAUCCUUACGGCUCCGAACUUGACAGUGCUAGAAAUAAUGGCUUACAAGGCUAUUAAGUCUACAGAGCAGACGCACCUGUUUCUCAGAUCUUCGCAGUGGAACCCCAGACUCCAGGAUGUUCUGUUUUCAAACUGUUGCAUGUGGGUGCUGCUAACUUGUGAUCAGGACGCAGGUGCCCAGUUCCAGAACAUGCUCGAACUCUUCAUUGAGCUAAAUGAAGCGGCUGGCACAAAGGUUAUAGUACUCGCGCAAGAAGACAAUGUCAAGAACCUGGUCCAAAGACUAGAAAAACAUCCAUUCCUCGCAAACGCUCACAAGGUCAUGAAUGUUUCAGACGCCCAUUUGGACAUGGUCACAGAAGACACAAAACGUAGUAUUCUCCGAACGUCACGAAUAUGCUUUCAAGGUUCUCCGAAACUGCUAUCGCUCGAAGACCUGCUAGAUUUAACGAGAGAAGAUGGAAUACCUGAUGAAGUUACGUGCUUAAUGUCAUGCCAGCUCAAGACGAUUGAGGUAGGACAGCCUGUUCCCCAACUUGACCAACACGUCAGUGAGCAUUAUGUUGAGCGUGAGUGUGAAAGAUGUGUUGCAGUUGAAGUUUUAAAACUUCGGCCCGGCCCAGACGAAGCCUUUGUAUUCUGGGGAGAUGAAAUAUUCAGAUUUCGAGAGAGAAUGAGUCCUAGCCAACAAAUCUGUUCUUUUACUCGGGUGCAACAGUUUGAGUCUUUUGUGCACGUUGAAAGCAUUGACGAAUAUAAGGCUAUUGUGGAAAAAAAGGAAUAUAAAGGUAAAGUCGUGCACCUGUUACAGUAUGACACUGCAUCCGGAGGUUUCCGCUUGGUUGAGACCAAUGGCCCCUCGAGUCAUCUUCCAAUGACACGAAAAGAAACCUGUAAUGAGAUGGAUCUCGUGAACCAAGAGAAAGUUGUAGUCAUCUGUGGGCAUCCAGGGAUGGGAAAAAGUUUGCUUGCACUUCGACUAUGCAACAACAUUAAGCAGGCAGGAGAGAGACACUUGGUGCUGUACGUGGACCUUUCGAAAAUGAACCGGUUCUUAAGAUCGCUAGAAAUAGGUGAUGAACCUGGGCAAAUUAGGCGACUUGCAGAACUAUGUGGUAUGAAAGAUGACGGAGUCGAGUUCAUGUUAUUCCAACGAAGCAUCAAAACCGGAGGUCCUUUCAAGGUAACUGCAGUCUUUGACGCGUUUGACGAAGUUGAAGCAGGCAGUCGGAAGAAUGCACUCAGUCUCAUAAAGUUCUUGACACGAACAGAGGUCUGGAAGGUAUUUGUCUUCAGCCGCAGUGUGUUCAAGACUACUAUACAGGAUACGUUAGGUGCAGUACCUUUUCAGCUAUGUCCGCUUGCAACUGCAGGUAAAGUAAAACUUGUAAGAAACUACAGGAAACGACCAUUAGUUGAAGGAUGUCCGGAACCAAAUGUGUUGUGGAGAUUGUUAACGUUACCAGACGUUUCAGGGAAUCCUUGCAUGUUCCGAAUGACAAUGGGCGUCAUGGAAGACAAGAUAUCGAAGGACUUCUUGAUUCCACUCAAUAUGCUUGCAGAGCACAUGUACAUGAUUUACAAAAAAGAAAAAAGGAACGAUGAUGUCCUCCUUUCCGCUUGUCAAGACGACUAUGAUGUGUUGGGAAAACAGUUCUACCAUGACCACGAGCUCCUGGCUGCCAAGGCUGCGUUUGGUGACGAACUCAGCAAGCAGGUGCUGACUGAUGGAGAACGAAAAGAACUGCAAACACGUGUAAUGAAGCUUGUCGCUGAGAAUCGUUUGAGACAAGGCUUUAUUGAUGGAGAAAUCAAUGGGCACGCUGUGUUUGUAAGCGAGACAUUUGAAGCGUACUUUACGGCACGGCUGCUCUCCCGCAAGGUAAGCACAAAAAGGAGUCCCACCACUACCAUAAUUGUUCGAGACAUGUACUCGGGCGCUGCCUAUGGACGCUGUAUUGUACAUCUCGGUUGUCUUGAAGAAAUCAUCUCCAUGAGCGUUGCAGCCCUGAAGGACUUCAGGGCCACGUGCCCGACACCCAGCAGCACACCCACGUUUGUUGAGGAACAGACCUCAAAAGGCGUUGCCAGCAAGAAGGUUUCCCAAGGAAUGGAAGAGCAACGCAAUUACGAGCAAUACUUCGACAUCCUGCGUUACCUAGAGAAAGCCAUCUACAAACAACUUGAGCCCUUCAUGUUGAUUACAGCAACAACGUAUUCGAAGUCCAGGACUCGAUUCAGCGUACGCUUUGUUGGUACAGAUAAAGUCGAAUCCGAGAGUCUCACCGAGGUAGAGUCUGAUCAAUGCAGCUACCAGCAGACCAAAACUCAAGAAGACCUUCCUGUCUGUCGUCUCGAGGACGCGAUGUUAGACAGCUUUGAAAUCCUGGGCGACUUGAUCGCAAAACACUCGAAAUACGAUGAAGAGCAGAACGUCCUCGAUCUGAAAUUCUGGGAAAGUAUUCCGGAAGCCUUUAAGCUGGGUGACUGCGACGGUGUCCUCAGCAAAUUCCGUACCUUUGUGCACAGCGCGGCUACUAUCUUGGGGCGCCUCAGAGACACGUACUCAAAAUUGAGUUCUACAGGCGAUGAAGCUGAUGUAGAGAGGAAGCGCAUCGUGGACAAGUUCUCGCAAGUCUUGACAUUCUUUGAUAGUUCUGGAGCUGCAUGUUGCUCGAUUCAUACAGCCAUCAUUAAUGGCGACUCUGUGGAUAUCAAUGAAGAAAGUAUGAACAUGCUUGACGAGCAUGGAAGAACACCGCUUCAUGUGGCAGCAUUGUAUGCCAGCCCAGAGAUCUUGAAGGAGCUUCCAUUGACUGAUAAGCUGCCCGGUGAAGACUUGUUAGGCAUGACGCCGUUGAUGUACGCCGACAGAACCUGUGUAUGGCGUCGCUUAGAUAUACUCUGUGAGCGUUACAAGGACGACGGCAUCAAGUGGGUCGAUCAGAUUCUGACAGUGCAUACAAAUAUUAGGACAGAAAAUCGCCUCGACGAGUCUGUGUUGUGCGAGUGUAUCGAAAUGGAAUUGCAUCAUCUCUUAAACGUGAUCCUCUGUGAGUUUUGCCUAUUGGUUUAUCACCCCGAGGAAAGUCAUAAAACUUCAGAACGUGCAGAUGUACAGGAUCGUGUAAAAAUCGAUUCCAAAAAGGGCGACCGUGGUGAGACGCCUCUCUUCAGGGCUAAGUCGUUGAACGUUUUCCUGCUUCUUCUCCCUUACUCCAAUCUUGAAGCCGUGGAUAGCAUGAAGCGUACAUUGCUGCAUGAAUGUGCUAAGGAAGGACGUGUGGAUAUUGCCAAACGUGUUCUAAUUCGGUUCAUGGUUAGCAGAAGUGACAUAUCGUUGGAUACGCCGUUUUACUUGGCUGUUCGGCACGGGCACCACGAUGUCGUAAAACUGCUACUGCCACAUGCCUGUACUAAUGUUAUGCCUUAUAGUUGGCCUAGUUGGAAAAAAAUAUCAUGCAAUAUCCAGGCCUCAAUGCUAAAGUUGAUGCAACCUCAUUCAAGGGUUUUAACUGAUGAAGAAGAUGCUCUUGAGGAACUCACGAACUGUGAAAGCUGGGACGCUAUUUUAUACUUAAUUCCUUAUUUGAGCGCCCAUGCUAUUACUCCUUAUUCCUGUGAAGCAUACAAACCUGACAAGCUUUUGUGGGCCGUGCUCAGUGACACUGAGAUGGAGACGCUUGGCAAUACUAAGAUGAUGAAGCUGCUCCGUUUGCAUGCGUUCGUGAGAGAUUUGAAGACGUUGAUGCGUGUAUGCACCGCUGUCGGGAAUUUAAAAUUAAUGCAGAUGGAGCUCUUAGCAUCUAAAUAACGCUUACAGGAUACCCAUCGGGCAUCACGCCGAAUGGAAGGUCGUACCUUCAAGGCGUCAAGGAAAAGUCCUUCCUUCAAGGAAAAGUCCGCACGAGCGAGGACAAAGUUUCGUCAAGUGUGUAACUCAAACUCUGUACGGAGGUCAGCCUCCUAAGCAAUAAAGCCUUGUUCGAUA